CAGCUGAGCGCUGCAAAGAUGAAUGGCUGGGGGGUUGGAAGAUGGAAACCUUGGAGAAAUGGAGCAAAAACUUAAAGGCGUCACAUCAGCCGGAUAAAAUAGAGCAUUCCAGACAAAAUGGCAUGAUUGCCAAAAAUCUGCUCAACUCUCUAAAGAUUCGCAAACGUUUGCAGCUGCAACCCAUUUCUCGUUCAGCAUGUGCCACUGGCUCCUGUCCGGAUCUGAUGAGUAGGAACGAGCUUCCUGACCCCCGGCCGCUUGCCAUGGCCCUCACACCCCAACUGCCGCCCAGGACCCAUCGGCCCCUCUGUCUCUCUGUGUCCUCCGACAGCAAUGGACGCUUUAAAGCUUUGGAGACCCAGGAGUGGAAGAACAACCUCAAAGCUCAGAUGGAACAGGCCCACAGUGCCGGCGCUGCCAGCAGCACAGGAUCCCUAGAGAGAGCGUCGCUCUUUUGCGCUUCAGGCUCCAUGACCACCUUCAGCUCUGGCCUCUCCAGUCCAGUGGAGCAUCUCACCAAGACAAAGUCUUCAAGUCGCUUCUCUCUCUUCUCCCCUCCAUGGAACAGCAGCUCCGAAUCCGAUUCCAACCCUCCCUCCCGCUCCGGAUCCAAGAAAAUGCGCAACUAUAGCCGAAGGGCAGUUCCCUGCGGAACUAAGACAGGCCCCGAGACCCCGGAACCCAAGCAGAACAUCUCUGAGCACUUCCAGUACUCAGAACCAGUCAUAUCCAAAGUCACAGACUACAUUUAUGUUGGAAACCUGAACGCGGCUUACAGCGGACGCACGUUGUGCCGUAACAACAUCGACAGCAUCAUCGACAUGAGCAGUCUUCCCGGGGAGACUUGUCUGAGACUUAUUCCCUGCACUUGUUCGAGGGGGGUGAAGCACAGCUGGUCUCGACUCAAAGUGGACAUGAGCGAUCUGCCGGACGCCGUCCAGGAAGGCCUGGCUCUCAAACACCGCUGCUUCGAGGACAUCAACGAAUGCAUCGACGCCUCCACAGAAAAGAGGAAGCGCGUGUUGGUGCAUUGUCGUGACGGGUUUUCGCUUGCCCCAACCUGCAUUAUUCAGUAUCUCAUGGUCAAACAAAACAUGAAGCUCAUAGCUGCCUACGAGCUGCUCCGAGCCAAACACCCCGUCAACAUUCGCGAGUCCCAUCAAAACGUUCUGGUCAGUCUGGAAAGAGCUCUUAGACCGGGUGGCAACACGGACCCAGAGUGCUUUAAACAGGCCAUAUCACGGAAAGUGGCCUGGACCUGAUGAACGUACACUGGGAAACCAGUUUUGUACUUAGUGUUUUUAUUUUUUAUUUUGUUGAACGGUGAAAGGCAGCUUUUGUUUGUGAUUGAACUAAAUAGUUUAUGAAGAAGUAAAAAUGAUGUCAUUUAUAUUGAUUUUGCACUCCUCUGACUGAACAUUAACAUUUUUAAGAAAGGAGAUAUUUUGAAGAAUGUACUGAUAUAUGUUUUUCAGUUAAAAAGAAUGAAGAGUUUGGAAAGCUUUAGAAAGUAUUCAGAAGCAUUCAUUUUUGUUUUGUUUUUGCAAAAUCACAAAAAGGGCUGUCUUACAUCUAAUCGUAUGCAAAAUAAACGUUUAUUUAUAAUGUAUUUGUGUGUAGUGUGUAUGAUAAUUGUGUAUUUAGAAAUACACGCACAUACAUGUUUAUAUUUUAUAAAUAUUUACAUCUAAAUAUAUUUUAUAGCUAUAUAUAACUUCUAUAUAAUAUGUUACCUCUUAAAUAAGAACCUAUUGUUGAGCAUUUAUUGAUUUCAAAAACAAGUUCUGAGCCUUGUGUGUAUGUAAAUAUGAAUUUUCUUUGAAUAUGUUUUUAUACAUCACAGUACAUACACAUGUGUUAUUUAAACACAAACUUUUAUUUUGCAUACGAUUAGUCACGAAUACAUAAAAUUGCAAAUGAAUGAAAAAAAGACCAGUACAUUCUUUAAAAAAAAAAUCUCCUGUCUCUUACGAAAAAAUGUCAUAUGAGUUUGGAACAUACAGUUUUAAUUUUUGGGUGAGCUGUUCCUUUCAAAUUGAGCUGGAUGACAAGGUGUGUGAGUACUAACUGUGAAAAUAAGCUAUUCGUUGGCCGUUAUAGAAAACAAAAAAAAGACAUUUUCAUGAAUUCGUUUAGCCUCAAUUGAACUAAAGAAAACAAACUAACAUAAAGAUGCUUUAUGCAGCUGCUAAGCAAUGAGAUGUGUCUGGAAAUAAAAAUGUUGGUAACGCUUUACAAUAAGGUUGAAUUUGUUAACAUUAGUAAAUGCAUUAAGACUAGAAAUGCCAGAGUUCGCUGUAUAGUUAUUUAAAAGCGCCAGCGGGUAAAAUUAUUGUUAGGUCACUGUUUUAUGCGACUGUUGUCACAAAUUAAUGUCUAGAGACAUGAAAUUAUAAUUUUUAGUCAUCAACUAUGUUUUUGUACUUUUGUUUUAUGGGUUUUUUAUGUAAAGGAAGAAAAUCACUUUUCUUAGCAGCAUAAUAAUUGGUGCAACAACAAAUUUAAGCACACAGUUUCACCCAUUGUUUAGUUAUGUAAUGUAUAAAUCAGACGAGAACAAAACAUGGGGUUAUCAAAAAAAUAAAGGCAGGACGUAAAUUUGACCCAACGGCGCUUAAUCUAAACAAUUUUUUACAACAGGGGAUUGUAUAUAACACAAUUUUAGUAAAAGUCAAUUACUGAGAGACUUGGAUAUUUUAUUGAUAAUCUGUUAUGUACAUUUGUAAAACAUCCACGGGUAAAUUUUACCCUGUGGCGGAUCUUGUGUUAACUAAGAUGAACUAACAAUUAUUGGAACUAUGAGCAAUAUUAUGUUUCUGCGUUUAUUUAUAUUUGUUAAAUCAAUACAAUUAUUCAGGUUACUUCAUGGUGCAUUAUUUACGUUUGAUUUUAAAAAAACUUUUAUUCAAUUCUGAAAUUAACAUGAACUAAUAUAAAUAAAUUUUGUAGAUGUGUUGUUCAUUGCAAGUUGGUCUUAUCUAUCAGAUUAACUAAUGUUAACAAAUACAACCAUAUAGGAAAGUGUUGUUUUAACGUAAAACAGUACCGAAUUACGAGGAGAAAAGUUUUGUCAAGAGCUCUCAGGAGACCAAAUGAUGUCACAUUUGAAUGCAAAAUACCACUACUGAAACUGAAACAUCAACCUUGAAGACACAAAAAUCACAGUUCUCUUUACAGAUUGAGAUGUCGACAUGAUGUCGCCUUCGCUGGGCUCCUUAUUCAUUGGCAACUGGUGAUAUAAUUUUUCUCUGCGUUUAACCAGGGUGGAAAAGAUAAACAGAGUAGUCCUCUGUGAGGAAUUAUUUCAUUUACUAAGUGUCUUUUUCAAUGUAAUAUUCAAUUAUCCAUUUCAGUGCUUGGAAAAAUGUGAAUUUUGUGAUUGUGUAAACAUUGAAACACCCCACUUUUAACCUUUAUGGAGUGUUUGUAUUUGAAUUCUGAAUUGUCGAGCAGUGCUGAAUUUCAGGCUUAAAAUUGCACUUACCACAUAGAAAAUGCAUAUGUCCGUAUUUCUGUUUUUUUUCCCACGUGGCUUAUUUUGAUUUAACAUUGUGCAUUGAACAUAGAUAAAAAUAUUUUUUGAUGACGGUAAUGUUUAAACUUGGCUAUAAUGAUUGUUGUUCAUGGUUUCUAUAGUAUAUUUUUUUUUUGGUUAGCUGUUAAGAAAAAUGUAACAACCCAGCUAGCACACGAAUGUCACCAGGAGAUACCCUUUUUUUGAUGUUAGAUCGCUAACGUUAUGAUCAACGGAAAUGUCUACGAAAGCUAAACAUUGAGUUUUUAACUAUAAAACUUUAUUUUUUUUACUGUUGGUGCAUUCUUCCGGUGCAUUGUAAUGAAACAUGAAAUAAUUCACAGGACUACUUUAAUGAUUUUGAAGAAUCUAAAUUUGCAAAUUUGAAGAUAUUUACAUAGUUUUUAUCCACAAUUUUCCCUAUUAAGAACAUGUGUAUUGCCAUUAUAAGUGACGUGCGAGUGCUCGCUGGAUCUUAAAUAUUCAAUUGGUAAGCAGUGAUCAUUAUGUUUGGAUAUUUGAUGCGCGGUUUGUUGUCGAAAGAACCUCUUUUUGGUUUUGGUGCCUUUUGUUUGAACUCGUCCAGUGUGAUUAUUGUGACAUUCACACGCACACACUGUAUGCACUCAUCAGGUAUGAACAAAAUGUCGUGUUAAUGCUUUGACAUGUUCAGGAAAUGCUUAAUGUUGGUGUACUUUUGUGACAUGUGGCAGAGAUCAGGUCCAUCUAAAUAAUUCUUGUAUAAAGGUACAUUACAGUGCUCGCAGUGAACAGUGCCUGUAUUUCAUCCGGCGUGAUGGUGAUGUCAAUCAAUGUAAUCAUGACCUCUCCUCACAGGUGUGCUAUUGGCUUCAAAUAUUAGCAAAGCUAUAAUAGAAUAUUUACUGUGGCUUUACUAGAUUCAUUACACUGUAAGAAAUGCAGUCCUCAAACUGUCUAGUGACUUGUUGUAUUAACUUUUUUAAUAGAUGCAACAAAUCACUUGAAAAUGUUGGGCUCUGUUUUUUUUUUUACAGUGAAGUCUAUUUAAAUAUAUUUUUGGAUGGUUGGUCUCGCCCUGUAAAGGUCUAACAAAAUAAACUCUCAGGUUAACUUAUUGGCCUAGAAAACAUUCUCAAAUAGGUAGAAAGCAGAAUAAUGUGAGACAAUGU